AUGCCGACUCAAUCCGAGUCACCCAGUAACUCACUGAGUCAACUCGCUCAGAGCGUGUUCUCCGACAACAACAGCAGCAUCAUGCUCGCAGCCGUUCUUUCCUUGCUCCUAGUCAUCCUCUUUGUCCUCCUGCUCCACGUGUAUGCCAAGUGGUUCUUAUCUCAGUCGCAGUUACGUUCCCACACUCGCCGGUGGCGAACUCCGGUGACUGUCUCCGACGUUCUGGAACCUUCCCAUUUCCACAGCAUCAACAUAGAAGCUUCACCCACCUGCACCAAGGGCCUGGAUUUGGCGACAGUUUCAGCGAUUCCCAUGUUUGUGCACAAAACAGAGAAAACAGAAGAAUUGGAAUGUGUGAUCUGUUUGAGCGUUAUUGAGGAGGGUGAGAUUGGAAGGAAAUUGCCAAAGUGUGGCCACGCUUUUCAUGUGGAGUGCAUUGACAUGUGGUUUACUUCACAUUGCAAUUGUCCCAUUUGCAGAGCUUCUAUUCUGGGGAGCGAUGAUUCUCAACCGGGUUCUGGUGACGUGUUGGAGGUUGUGGUUGUUACUCCUGGUUAUGAGAUUAGUGAGCGUGAAAUCGGUGCCAUGAGUGAUUCUGUUCCAGAAAAUUCUUCUUCUUUGUUGAGUUUCUCUUUGAAGAGAUUGUUGAGUAAGGUUUUUCUGUCACCUGACCAUGUAACUGGGUUGGAUGCUUCACAAUGAAAUAUGAACUCUUCUCAAAGUUUACACAUUUUUUUCUUCUCUUGAAAAUGGAUGUUUCACAAUGAAAUAUGAACUCUUCUCAAAGUUUACUCAUUUUUUGUUUUCCUGAAAUUGUUUGGUUUUCUUCUGGAGAUGUCUGGUUUCUUUCUUUUUCUCUCAGAAAAUGAUGCAAGAGCAAGAUUGAUUAGCCUCUUAGACACAUUUUUUGAAUGAUUAUCGUAAAAGCGUGUUCUUUCCCUUUUACUGUGCUAAUAUGUUCUCCUCUCAAUGAUUAAAGCAAAUUACUUGCAGAGAGUACAGUAAACGACUAAUUGUGAAGUAAGAGUAGUUAUAAAUUGUAACAGUUGUGAUACAGAAGAGGAGAAAAGACAAAAGAGAGUACUUGAUGGGUUAUAAAUGUGACGUUGGUUACUCAUCUGUCGCAAUUGAUAACACUUUCUAACUGUAAUUGAUUGUUCUGAUGUGGAAGCUUGUGUUGUUCAGUCAUGAUGAAGCAGUGACAUGAAUGGUGCAUGUGGGUAGAAAAUAAGGGAUGGUAUGGUAUUGCACAGAGAAAGGACAGCUUUAUGUACAUGUUUGUUUCUGCUCAAUGUUUUUGAAGGUUUUGUUCUGGGA